CCCAACCAGUCCAACUGGAGGUUUAGCGUGUGACGUAAAUAGAAGUAGAUCUUAAAGAGAGACGACACAUCUUUCUAGCUUACGCCAUGACCGUAGCGUUUUUAUUGCGUAUAUUCUAUACUCAUUUAUUUCUAUGUUUUCCCGAGCGCGUUUAUAUGACGUCAAGACAAGUAGCAAACAAGCUAACUGGUGUCGGUAACCGCGUUCGCAGUUUCUUCAGCUUACACGGUAUUCGCUGUCGUUAUGGCUCUCCCCCUGCUUUCAAGAUCCCUCACUGGGCUCCUUGCAGAGUCAUCGUCCAUACUUCAACAGAGGACUUUCAGUGUAUCUGCUGUUGCAGCAGCUAUUCAAAAGAUGUCAAGAGUGCGCGUAGUGGACAACAGCUCUCUUGGAGUUACACCAUAUCACCGUCCCCCAAGAGUGAUCCAUGUCUACACCUCGAAUGGUGUAGGAAAAGUUGGUGACAAAGUGUUGCUUGCCAUUAAAGGACAGAAGAAGAAAGCGCUCAUCGUUGGACAGAAAAUGCCUGGAGAGCGCAUGAGUCCGCGCUUUGAUUCGAACAAUGUGGUUCUGAUUGAGGAAAAUGGGAACCCAACAGGAACAAGGAUAAGGGUCCCUAUACCCACACAUCUACGUAAAGAGGGAGAUUUCUCUAAAAUCCUGGCAAUUGCUACUGCAUUUGUUUGAUAACUGCUUCAAUCAGCUGUUAUAUAUUUUUUAUAUAUACAUACACACACACACACACACACACAGUACAUUUCACAUCUGCUGGGGAAACAUGUUUUUGUUUUCAAUAAACUUUAAAAGGAGCAUA